AUGAAGGGUUUCAGACAGAGAGUGCACGAGCAGUUGUCGAGAGCAAAGGAUGCGAAUAAAUCCUCGAAGAAGAAAGAUUCCUCGCACUCUCAAUCCCAGAGCUCUACCGCUACCCUGGGUAUUCAUCAUGGUCAACAGUCCUCGUCUCCCAACCAGGGUACGCCCACCUCGUCUACAACUUCCGUGAACGAUAUUAGAGGAAAGGCUCCCGAAGAUGCUGCGCAGCUGGGAGUCUACCCUCCUGGUACCCCUACGAAACCAGGGCAGCCCAUGGCUCCCAGUGUCGUUAUUAGUCCAAGCGCACCGCAUGUUCCUCCACCUGGUGCCGCCGAAACUAUGCCAGGAGACUUGGCUCCCCCGAGGAAGUCUCAUGUCUUUGACCGUCUGCAAACAACCCCGAAAGAUAUGUCGGAAGGAAUCCGGACCCCCAAACGCCAGCACUCGUCGCGAUUCGAUAUCUCCGACCAACGUCAAAGGGAGUUGGAGAAGCUUCCCGGCUUCCACGAAGUACCGCCCAACCGUCGCCAGGAACUCUUCAUGCAGAAGGUUGAUCAGUGCAAUAUCAUUUUUGAUUUCAACGACCCUACUGCCGACAUGAAAUCCAAGGAGAUCAAGAGACUGGCUCUCCACGAACUCCUGGACUACAUCGCCAACAAUCGCUCGGUUAUUACGGAACAGAUGUAUCCCCGGGUAGUCGAAAUGUUCGCCAAGAACCUGUUUCGACCGAUCCCACCCCCGAUCACGCCUCAGGGCGAAGCAUUUGAUCCGGAAGAAGACGAGCCGGUUUUGGAAGUCGCAUGGCCUCAUAUCCAGGUCGUCUACGAGUUUUUCCUAAGAUUCAUCGAAAGCCAGGAUUUCAAUACCAAUAUCGCAAAGGCUUAUAUUGAUCAUCACUUUGUUCUUCAGUUACUAGAAUUAUUUGAUUCUGAAGACCCCCGUGAGCGUGAUUUUCUCAAGACCACCCUGCAUCGUAUUUAUGGAAAGUUUUUGAAUCUGCGUUCAUAUAUUCGACGAUCUAUCAACAAUGUCUUCUUCCAGUUCACCUACGAGACCGAACGAUUUAAUGGCAUCGCCGAGUUGUUGGAGAUUUUGGGUUCCAUCAUCAAUGGCUUCGCCCUUCCCCUUAAAGAGGAACACAAGCUUUUCUUGACGAGAGUUCUCCUUCCUCUGCACAAGGUCAAGAGUCUCAGCAUGUAUCACCCUCAGCUGGCCUACUGUAUCGUGCAGUUCCUCGAAAAGGACUCGACGUUAACGGAAGAUGUUGUCCUCGGUUUGCUGCGAUAUUGGCCCAAGACCAACAGUACUAAGGAGGUCAUGUUCCUGAACGAGGUAGAGGAUAUUUUUGAAGUGAUGGACCCUGCCGAAUUCGCCAAGGUCCAGGAACCAUUGUUCCAGCAGCUGGCCAAGUCUGUUGCCAGCCCCCAUUUCCAAGUUGCGGAACGCGCCCUGUACUUCUGGAACAAUGAAUACUUCUGCACUUUGGUCAGCGAUAAUGUCGAGAUCAUCUUGCCUAUCAUGUUCCCUCCACUAUUUGAAAACUCGAAAGGCCAUUGGAAUCGAACAAUCCACAGCAUGGUAUACAACGCGAUGAAGAUGUUCAUGGAUAUCAACCCUCAGCUUUUCGACGAAUGCUCCCAUGAGCAUGACGAACGGCAGAACAGUGCUGAUAUCCGCGAGAAGGCUCGACAAAGCCGAUGGGAUAAAGUCGCCGAACAAGCCAAGGAAAGGCAGAAUGGGUUUGCCCCGGCUCUGCAAUCCUCAUCAGCUGAUAUUCCACUACAAUUGGACGACAUCGAUGCUAUCGCCCAGGAUAGCCAAAAGCGUCUUCAUUCUCUGAAGCUGGAUGAGCCUGGUGCUGUAAAGGGACGGCCGCGUGAGGGUUCGAUUACUUCGGUAAGUACUGAGCGAUUAUGA